CGUUUUUCAUAUGAUCAUAACCAUUUGAUUGCAAGUGUUUAUAAUAACUAGAUACUUGAAUUUUAUUAUCAUUUUUACCUAACGAUAUUAAUUUAUUACAUUUGCAUUUAAUACUUGCUUUUACAUCUAUAUUUUCAUCAAAAUCAAUCUUCAAAAUAAAAUCAACGUUUUCUUCUAAAUUAAAAUGUUCUAAAUCAAAAUUUUCUUUCUUAUCUGAACACCAUUUCUGAAUGAGUUUAAGAACAUGUGCUUUAUGUUCAGCCAAAGACAAUUUAUUAGAUACUGAUAGUGCUUAUGUUGUUGCUGGUGCUGCUGGUACUAAUGAAUAUAUAGAUGAUGAAGUCGUAUUAAAUAAUUGUUGUUGA